UUGCAUGCACCGUUUAAAAUUAAAGAUCUCCGAAAGCAAAUUCCCUUUGCUUUGAAAAACCGUUUGGCAAAAUCCUAUGUCUCUACACAGCUUCAAAGAAGCCCUUAAACCCUGCAGAAACUCAUCAUCCUUAACCUCCUCAACAAUCCAAUCACAGUCGUCACUCACCCAAACCUUAGAAGACCCCACAAUCCCUAGAAAGCCCCCGAAAUCCUCUUUGUCUCAGCAGCUUCUGAGACUCCAAGAUCCUCUGUCUCUGCCCCCAAUUCAACCACAGAGCCAACCCAAACAAACCCACGACCAGAACGGCAAGGAGGAUGAGAAUGAAGAAAAAGACGACGACCCAGAAUCACUGGAUUAUGAGAAGCCUAAAGUGGGUUUGUUUGAGUUUGAUCGCAUAGGACCAUAUGAACCGUUGGUUUUGUCCUCAGAGGGAGAAUUUCCUGUUAUACAGGUUCCGGCAUCCAUUAACUGCAGAUUGCUUGAACAUCAGAGAGAGGGAGUGGAGUUUCUAUAUAAUCUGUACAAGAACAACCAUGGAGGUAUUCUUGGUGAUGACAUGGGACUAGGAAAAACCAUCCAAACUAUUGCAUUCUUGGCUGCUGUGUUUGGGAACGAUGGGGAUUGUAUGGACUCCACAUUACUGAAGAAGAAUCAGACAGCAGAAAGAGGCCCUGUUCUCAUAGUUUGCCCUUCUUCAGUUAUCCACAAUUGGGAGAGUGAAUUCUCUAAGUGGGCUAACUUUAGUGUUGCUGUUUACCAUGGUGCAAAUCGUGAUUUGGUUUAUGAUAAGUUAGAAGCGCAUGAAGUUGAGAUCCUUAUCACAAGCUUUGACACAUACAGGAUUUGUGGCAGCCAGUUGUCAGAGGUCAAUUGGGAGAUUGUGAUUGUUGAUGAGGCACAUCGGCUUAAGAAUGAAAAAUCAAAGCUCUAUAUCGCAUGUUUAGAAUUUAAAACCUUAAAACGUAUUGGCCUUACUGGAACUGUAAUGCAGAACAAAAUCAUGGAACUUUUUAAUCUCUUUGAUUGGGUUGCACCUGGAUCCUUGGGAACACGGGAACAUUUUCGAGAGUUUUACGAUGAACCCCUCAAGCAUGGCCAAAGGUCAACUGCCCCAGAAAGAUUUGUUCGUGUUGCUGAUGAGCGAAAACAACACCUAGUGGCACUUCUUCAUAAAUAUAUGUUAAGAAGGACAAAAGAGGAAACCAUUGGGCAUCUUAUGAUGGGGAAGGAAGAUAAUGUCAUAUUCUGUGCUAUGAGCGAAUUGCAAAAACGGGUGUAUAGAAGAAUGUUACAGCUACCGGACAUUCAAUGCCUAAUAAAUAAGGACCUCCCAUGUAGUUGUGGCAGCCCUCUUACCCAAGCUGAAUGCUGCAAAAGGACUGUCCCGGAUGGGAAAAUUUGGCCAUAUCUUCACAAGGAGAACCCUGAUGGAUGUGAUUCAUGCCCCUUUUGCAUUGUCCUUCCUUGCCUUAUCAAGCUCCAACAGAUAAGUAAUCACUUGGAGCUGAUUAAGCCUAAUCCGAAGGAUGACCCAGAUAAGCAAAAGAAAGAUGCAGAGUUUGCCUCCGCUGUGUUUGGCACAGAUAUUAAUCUGGUAGGAGGGAACACCCAGAAUGAGAGUUUUAUGGGCCUGAGUGAUGUUAAACAUUGUGGCAAAAUGCGAGCGCUUGAAAAGUUCUUGUUCUCGUGGAUUUCAUGCGGUGACAAAGUUCUGUUGUUCAGCUACUCUGUCAGGAUGCUGGACAUACUGGAAAAAUUUCUUAUACGUAAAGGCUAUUGCUUCUCAAGACUUGAUGGUUCUACACCAACCAACUUGCGCCAGUCUAUUGUUGAUGACUUUAACUCAAGUCCAAGCAAACAGGUCUUCCUUAUAUCAACUCGAGCUGGUGGGCUUGGAUUGAAUCUUGUCAGCGCAAAUCGUGUGGUGAUAUUUGAUCCAAGUUGGAAUCCUGCCCAAGAUUUACAGGCCCAGGACAGGUCAUUUCGUUUCGGGCAGAAGCGGCAUGUUGUGGUUUUCCGCUUUCUUUCUGCUGGCUCCCUUGAUGAACUUGUUUAUUCACGUCAGGUGUACAAACAGCAGCUAUCCAACAUUGCUGUUUCUGGAAAAAUGGAAAAGAGAUAUUUUGAAGGUGUUCAGGAUUGCAAAGAAUUUCAAGGGGAGCUUUUCGGAAUUUGCAAUUUAUUUCGUGACCUUUCAGAUAAGGUCUUUACCAGCGAAAUAUUUGAGUUGCAUGAGAAGGAUGGACAAAUAGAAGGGUAUGGUAUAAGACAACAAUCAACCGAUGUUGGAAGCAAUAGUGUUUCAUUAAAAGAAGUUGGUGUUACAUCCUUAUCGUUGUCUGAGACCAGAACAACCAGUAAUUCUAAGAAGGGUUUAACAAGUCAACCUGUGCUCAAGGAUGUGGGUGUCGUGUAUGCGCACCGCAAUGAAGACAUCCUGAAUUAUGGACCUGGAGGUCAAGGGGCGAUUGAAAUGAUCCCUCAGAACAAUGGUAUCAUGGACCCAUACAUUCGUGUUGCCCGGAGAAAGAGACUAGAUGGUAUAGUUGGAAAGGAGAAUUUUCCUUCAUGCAAGGAUCAGAAAAGGAUUCAGUAUAGCCUCCUUUCUAUGUUCAUGGGUUUGGGAGAGCUAGAGUUCAGCAAGUGGGUAAUAUCUGCCACUCCUAUGGAGAGGGAGACAGUGCUUCGGGACUUCAAGAAGCGAAAGAAGAAGAUACAUGAUGGUUGAAGCAUUAUCUUCGAAGUUGUACAAAACUAAACAGAUGUGCUCAUUGUACAAAUUUAUAUCUCCAUGAUUUGUCAAUAGAAAUUGCUCUGUAUCUUCAAUAACUUACUUAGACCUUUGUAUAUGAAUCUGUGGUACCAAAAGGCUACCACUCUUGACCGAUCUUUGAUGUAAUAUUGUCCUACAUUUUCCCACUAAUUUUAGCUCUGGCAAAGGUGUAAUAGUUUAGCCUAUUUUCUUUGAGUUGAGAAACAUGGAAGACUAGAUGGAUUUCUAUUUCCUUUUUAUAUGCUACUGCUUAUACCGUGGCUACUACUGGAAAGGGACUUGAACACAUUGACUGUCGGCUUAAGACUCCUUUUACUA